UGUUGUAUCUUCGCGUUUUCACGACCGCAAAUAGAAAGUUCCUCUGUAGAUUAAUCAGCGCUUAUAGUUUUAACAACUUUCAUUGUUGAAAGGCGAAGACGACAAUAGGCCUAUCCAGAAAACAAACAAUGCCGCAUACAGGCCAGGCCGGUGUCAAUCAACUUGGUGGCGUGUUUGUCAAUGGCAGGCCAUUGCCAGAUUUCAUCCGCGCACGAAUUGUUGAGCUUGCGCAUCUAGGUGUGCGUCCGUGUGACAUAUCACGUCAGCUCCUCGUUUCUCAUGGCUGCGUCAGUAAAAUAUUGACGCGUUACUAUGAAACUGGAUCCAUCAAACCGGGUAGUAUCGGUGGAAGCAAACCAAAGGUAGCUACCCCGUUAGUUGUGAAGAAAAUUAUGAGUUACAAACAGGAAAACCCAUCUAUAUUUGCGUGGGAAAUCAGAGACAAACUUCUGCAAGAACGUGUUUGCGACGAAACCACAAUUCCCAGUGUUAGUUCCAUCAACAGAAUUCUACGAAAUAGCUCCAUUAUAAUAUCCGAUAAGGCGUUCUUACACCGUCACAUAGCGUUUGGAUCGACGCUACCAGCACCGACACCUCAGAAGCCGACAUUAGCGACGACAAUGAACGCGUUUCCACGUAUCGUCCCUCCUAUGCCCUCAUCUCUUACAUUCCAUUCACCAGUGCCUCAGAAGAACGGAGUAAAAAGAAAGCUAAAGGUGGAUGAAACUAAUGAUGAAGACGAUGAUAAAAGCAAGGCAUCGAAUGAACCGAAAUCAAAAUUCAGAGGUAGCAUAGCGACAUAA